AUGGCACGGUGUGUCGCACAGGAGGUGUACGCGGCACAUGCAGGGCCCAUCACUCGCUGCCGCUUCUCCCCGUCAGGCGCCAACAUUGCCAGCGCCUCUGCCGAUGGCAGUAUCAGCCCCCCUUUUCCAUUCCCCACGUCCAUGUCUCCCCGUCUCCCCUCGCCCCUCAACUCGCUCAUCAUCCACUGCAGAAUAUGGGAGCCGGAGAUAUCGGUGGGAGCAGCGGAGGGGCGGGGGGACGCUGGCGUGGUGGUGAGGGGGCAGAGGGACGCGGCGAUUCUGGGGGAUGCGCCUGUGCAGGCCCUUGAAUGGGACGCCAAGUCCGACCGCCUCCUGUUGGCAGGGCUGGCAGACGGGCAUGUGAAGGUGUGGAAUGCACACUCCAAGCACAUGCUCUCAGACGCCCCGCACCCACAGCCCUACACCAGGCUGCUGGACAUUCGUUCCAGCCCUUCAGAGCAUCUCUUCGCAUGCGCUGCAGCAGCCUUCGACCACCCGCACCACUCUCCACCCCUCACAUCAUCUCUCCAACCCACUCCCCUGCGUGCGUCAUUGGCCCGUCAGCCACUCCCUCCACCUGCACCGCAUGGAUGCAUAUCCCUCUGGAGCCUCCGCACCAUGUCGCUCCAGGGCUAUCUACCACUGGGGGAAUCACCCCCACUCAUCACAUCCAUCUGCCUCAACCACAACGGCAGAAUGCUCGCUGCUGCUGCUGCCGACGGCACCCUCCGACUCUUUGACGUGAAUGCGGCAUCGCAGAUCGCGUGCUGGCCUGUCACCCUGCCAGGUUCCUCCCCAUCAUCAUCCUCCUCCUCCUCUUCCUCGCACCUCCUCUCCCCCGCGGUCUGUGUGCGCUUCCUCUGGGACCAUUCCUCGCUCUUCUCGCUUUCCGCUUCAGGCCAGGUGAGGUCACUCCUCCGCUUCUCCCUUCCUCCACUUCUCCCUUCCUCCGCUUCUCCCUUCCUCCGCUUCUCCCUUCCUCCGCUUCUCCCUUCCUCCGCUUCUCCCUUCCUCCGCUUCUCCCUUCCUCCGCUUCUCCCUUCCUCCGCUUCUCCCUUCCUCCGCUACUCCUCUCCGCUCCCUCCUGCGUGCCUCCCUCUGCGCCUGCACUCUCUCUGCUCCUUCGCUCCUCCCGCCUCCUCUCUCCCUCCCAAUCAUUGCCUCUACUUCGUCUCUGCUCAUAAACUAGUUCCUUCAGAGGUGUGGUGUGGUGUGUGCCAGUUCUCUAUGCUCUUUCUCUUGCUAUCUCCACCCUCUCGACCCUCCCCACCCAUACCGCCCUCAUUGCCCUCCGUUCCGUGCUUCCACAGAUAA